CCAGCCAGGGCUCUAGUGCUGACUUGACUGGAUAGCUGCUGCUUUCAUUGAGCGUCAGCGCCUUUAAAGUGGAGCAUCUCACGCGUUUGGACGACUUGGACCUUCUUUCCACUAACUUUGAUGGGGACUUCGACAAUAAACAGUGAAAAUGCCUGUGAUGAAGGGAUUAUUAGCGCCGCAGAACACGUUUCUGGACACUAUAGCUACGCGGUUUGAUGGCACUCAUAGUAAUUUCAUACUGGCCAAUGCUCAGGUGUCCAAGGGCUUUCCGAUUGUCUACUGCUCCGAUGGCUUCUGUGAGCUUGCAGGCUUCUCUCGAACCGAAGUCAUGCAGAAGAGCUGUGCCUGCAAGUUCCUGUACGGGCCCGAGACCAGCGAAAGCAUCAUCCUCAGCAUUGAUGAGGCUUUGGAGGAGCGCAAAGAGUUUAAAGAUGAAAUCAUGUUCUACACAAAGACAGCUGUGCUGUUCUGGUGCCUGCUGGACAUCGUGCCAAUUAAAAAUGAAAAGGGUGACGUGGUGCUCUUUCUGGCUUCAUUUAAAAACAUCACUGACACUAAGACCAAAACCUUCCAAGACGACAAGAAAGAUGAGAGACGACACGGCAGGCUGAAAACAGGCUCUCCAUUCAGCUCGGCUCGUCUGCGGAGUAACACUGUGCUCUACCACAUCUCUGGUCACCUAUACGGCAGGAAAAAGAGCAAGAUUAAACUCAACAAGAAUGUGUUUGGAAAUACGCCUGCUCUCCCAGAGUAUAAGGUUGCAGAUGCCAAGAAGUCCAAAUGUAUCCUACUUCACUACAGCACGUUCAAAGCAGGAUGGGACUUGCUGAUCCUGCUCGCCACGUUCUACGUUGCUGUGACGGUGCCCUACAUGGUCUGCUUUAUCGAUGAUGUCCAUGACGCUAUUCGCGGCACAAUUGUGAGCGAUAUCGUUGUGGAGAUACUUUUCAUUACAGAUAUCAUCUUUAAUUUUCGCACCUCUUACGUCAGCAAAUCUGGCCAGGUAAUUUUUGAUGCUCGGCAGAUAUGCAUCCAUUACCUGACUACAUGGUUCAUCAUUGACCUGAUCGCCGCAUUGCCUUUUGACCUGAUCUAUGCCUAUAGAAUCAACGUGGUGUCCCUCGUGCACCUCUUAAAAACUGUGCGUCUGCUUCGUUUGCUGAGGCUCCUGCAGAAGAUGGACCGCUACUCGCAGCACAGCACAGUGGUCCUGUCUUUGCUCAUGUCUGUGUUUGCUCUUCUGGGCCACUGGCUGGCCUGCAUUUGGUAUAUUAUUGGCAAGGUGGAGAUGACAAACAACCCCGAAGACUGGGAGGUCGGGUGGCUCCAUGAGUUGGCGAGACGUCUGGAGUCGCCGUACCAUAUCAAGGAAGCUGUUAAUGGGACUAGCAAUGGCCCCCCAAUUCACAGUGUGUACAUCGCUUCCCUCUACUUUACCCUGAGCAGUCUCACCAGUGUGGGCUUCGGCAACGUGUCUCCCAACACUGAUGCUGAGAAGAUCUUCUCCAUUAUUGUCAUGCUCAUAGGAGCACUGAUGCAUGCCUUGGUCUUUGGCAAUGUGACAGCCAUUAUCCAGAGGAUGUAUUCCCGCUGGUCCCAGUACCAUAGCAGGACUAAAGACCUCAACGACUUCAGUCAUGUCCAUCGCUUGCCUCAGAGCCUUACGCAGCGAAUGAUUGAGUACUUUCAGACAACCUGGUCGGUCAACAAUGGCAUUGACUGUAAUGAGCUGCUGAAGGACUUCCCAGAUGAGCUGCGAUCCGAUAUCACCAUGCAUCUCAAUAAGGAGAUCCUGCAUCUGUCACUAUUCGCCUCUGCCAGUCGGGGCUGCCUGCGCUCUCUGUCAAGGCACAUUAAGACCUCCUUUUGCACCCCUGGAGAGUACCUCCUCCGACAGGGCGAUGCUCUGCAGGCCAUCUUCUUUGUCUGCUCAGGGUCCAUGGAAGUGCUGAAAGACGACAUGGUUUUGGCUAUUAUUGGUAAAGGGGACCUGAUCGGAGCAAACUUAUCCUUAGAAAAUCGGGUGAUAAAAACCAACGCUGAUGUGAAAGCCCUGACCUACUGUGACCUGCAGUGUAUCAGCAUGAAAGGGCUGUACGAGGUGUUGGACCUUUACCCUGAGUACGCUCACCGUUUUGUCCAGGACAUUCAACAAGACCUCACCUACAACCUGAGGGAGGGACACGAGGCACACGUUAAGGCCAAGCUCUCGACGACAACUUUCGAGACGCAGAAUGAAGCAACAAACCUCAGGGACGCUGGUGGCCAGAAGACAGCACAGAAUUGCAGCUGGUCUCAGAAGAAGAUCCAGGAAAUCACCCUAACCCCUUUAGACCCGCACAACCUCAGCCCGAGGAUAGUGGAUGGUACUGAAGACACUGAUGCGCAGAAGGAAAUAUCCCGGACCUUCUCCUUCUCUACCAGCAGAGUUUGUCCUGUCAAGGAACCAUCCAUCGUCUCUGCCCCUACUACAGACAUGCUGCACAUCAACAUAGCAGAAUUAGCAGCUGAAGCAGAGGAGACUAGAGGACAACUGCGACACCUCGACCAGCAGGUGAGCACCCUCCAGAGAGUAGUGUCUGACCUCCGGCAGGACACGAGGAGGAUUCUCCAGCUCAUGGAGAUGGGAUCAGGGCUGCAGCCUGCAGGAGUCUGUCCUGUACCUUACUCCCCGACACGGCGCGCAGAGCUCCACCGUCCUGCCCAUGCUCCGUAUCACCCAUCAUCCCCCCCCUCUAACACUGCUUCCAUCUGGACAGACCCACCCAUGCCUUCGCCUACUUCCUCCCUCACUAUUUCCAAGCAGCAUAGUUGGAUGUGCCACACAGACUCCGUAAUGAACAGACCGCAGACCCUCCAGGUAGAAUACGCCGAUGUCCUCAGCUCAGCUUCAACCCCAACUCCUGACACAUCAGCUCUUCAGCUACAAUCAUCCUCUGUUAGCGCCGAGUCUUCGUCAUCAUUCAGAUUGCAAGUUUUUUCAUGCAAUGAGGAAGGCUUCUAACCCGUCUAGGAUACGCAGUCCAUCUCUGCAGGACAGGGAGGAUGAGGACCUUCAUCAGAGCUCUGGACUCUCUCCUCACACUUCACUCCGGAGCGUCUACCACAAUCCAGGCAAGAAUUUGUAGCAGACGUCCAUCUGAACUUUCCUGGAGUCUGAAUGACUUUUUCCAGCACAUUUUUUGGAAUAUAUUCCUGAACUAGAGAUAAUAUUUAUCAGCUGGGGUCUGCAAUAUCGCUUCAGGACCUUUACAGGGAUGCAACUAACAUUGGUGUUUGUUUGGAAGGCACGCUUUUAAACUUCCAGUUGCAUGAAAACAAGUACGAUGGGAUUAGGUGUAUUAGCUUUACCUUUUCAGAAUGUAGUGUUAUUAAGUGGUAUGUAGAGUUUUGGGUCAGUCA